AUGGAGAGGCGAACUCCAGCACAAAAAGCCUUACUCACGGCUGACAUACUGUUUAGCAUUUCUUCAUUCUUCGAGCGUCAGGAUGACGUUCUAAAAUGUCUCUUCGUCCAUCCCACCUGGACCAUGUCAUCAACGUUAUGGCGUGUUCAAACUGCCAACCUCACUCUUUCUUCUUCGUCAUCAUCAUCAUUCAAGGUCUUUGUGAGGAAACUAUGGAAAUCGCCCGUAUGGUAUUCCGCAGAGUCCGCACAAUUGUUCAUACGUUCUCUCCGUAAGAGAAAAUCAUUAUUCCUCUACGGGCACAUGGUCCGAAGAAUCGUAUUCAAAGUUUACCGUAGCGAUAAAACAGAUCCCGGGUUCACUUCCACCGAUCUCAAACUCAUCUCUCGCAUGUGUCCAAAUCUGAAGCACCUGACCUUUGUCACAACGAAACCACCCUUCACCCAUGUAAACGUAGAGCAAAUGUUGAGAAAAACGCCAAAUUUGAUUACCUUGAAUGUACUCAAUUGUGACGACGAAUGGUUGGAAAAUGCCUUGACCCCAUUACGCCAGGGAUGCUGCCCUCUACUACGGCAUUUGGAGGUACACGAUUGUAGCAGGAGUUGGUCCUCAGAUGUUCUUCGGGAUAUCGGAGAAAGAUGCACAAACAUUGUCUCUUUAAAAUUACAUCAACGGGUCAGCAGCUUGAAGUUCGCCAGGAUGAUCACGAAAUCUUUUCCAAAUUUGCGAUCUUUUGAGUGUAAAUACAUCAACGACGCCGGUUUACAAGGUCUUAUCACCGGACUGCAAAACCUUAAAUCCUUGAGUUCGCAAUUUGAGAAUGACGUCACCGAUGAGGUGGCAGAAUCCUUGGCGGGUCGAUUUGCAAAGUUGGAGUCACUUCGGAUAAGGGCUAUUCAUAAACAGGACUAUUCUUUAUUUUCUACGGCGUUUGCGAAGCAUCGGCCUUGCCUGCGACAACUUUACUUGGCCGCCUUACACAUACGAGAUAACACAUUGGAGACGAUUGUAAAAAAUUGUCAUCACCUGGAAUCAAUCGAAAUUUUCAUGUGUUUCUAUCUGACCGAUGCCUCCAUUAAAGCAAUAACUCGGUAUCGCAACACAAAACUCAAGCAUCUCAUGAUUGCAUACAACUCAUAUAUUACCGAUGAGAGCGUGGAGGAGAUUGCCAAUUAUUGUACUAAAUUAAAAUCCAUAAUCAUUAUAUCAUGCACGAAGUUGACCGAUCAACCAUUCGUUAAAAUUGCGAAAGAAUGCAAAUCGCUGGAAGAAUACACGGUUCGUCAUCACUCGUGGCACACCAUGGCAUCAAUCGCGCACACUUUGUCCGUUCGUAAUAAAGGAACGUUGAAGGUUUUGAAAAUGUACGAGGCGUGUGUUAAAGAUCUAAUGGUCAAAAAACAAAGUUAUAACAUUGACGCGGAGGCUUUAGAAAGAUUGGCGAUGAGAUGUCCGAAUAUCAAAACAUUGGUCCUCAAAUGCAGGCUACAAGAGAAAGAUCAAAGCAAACUUGCCAGGGCGCUUUGUAAAUUUAAAAAUCUCGAGGAAUUACAAGUAUCCCCAUCGAAAAAACUUACAUCCGAUGACAUAAAACGAUUGGAAAAACACAGGAGAUUAAGAUAUGUCACUCUCAUUCAUGGUUUUACCCCGGAAAAUCAGACGCACUUUCAACAAGCAUCAAGGCACGAAUCUUCAACGAGAAUGAACAUCACGCUGAUUAACCCGGUUAAUGUUGUGGCUCUAUGA